AUGGUUUUGGUGGGCGAUAACGUCCCCCGUGGGUCCAUCUCAUCACAGCUGCCCGAGUUUACGAAUGAAGUGGUACACCUCCCUAACGGCUAUGAAUAUGUCGAUUCAUUCGCUUCAUUCAUCGGGCUAGGAUCCUUCGGUGUCGUCUACAAAGGCUACAGCGCCAAAGACCAAACCGAUGUUGCCAUCAAAAAAAUGUUGAAGCAAAAUGUUAAGGACAAUGAACUUAGGGUUAUUAGAGCACUUAAUAACGCUCACCUAGUGGGUGUACUGGAUAUUUGUGAGUUAGAUGAACUUACUUGUUGCCUUAUUAUGGAACUAUGCGAUGGAGAUCUGGAGAAUCAUAUUAGACAUCAUUCCAAUGAUGGACGACUGAACAGCGCCAAUCUCAGAGUCCUCAUCGACAAUAUAGCGCGUGGCUAUAAAGGAUUGUUUGACCUAAAAAUCGUCCAUCGAGACAUUAAACCGCAGAAUAUUUUGAUAAAAUACAUCUCGAAGAGUAAGCAGCUUUCAGCUGCGAAAAUCACGGAUUUCGGAAUUGCUCGAACUCUGGAUGAUGAUGGUCCGGAUCUGUGUAAUGUAGCUGGUACAUUAUUCUAUAUGGCCCCUGAAGUUGGUGCUAAUCUUUUGAAGACUUGUCAAUAUGACUCCAAGGUCGACAUGUGGAGUAUUGGAUGUUUAUUGUAUCAGUGUGUUACCGGCGAGGUAAGAUUGUGA